AUGUCCUCUUCUCAGCACGGCUAUGUCAAAGACCUUCUCAUUCAACCCAAAGCAACACGCAUGGGUUAUACCAGACUUGGCCGCUCUGGCUUGAAAACAUCCAAAGUCAUUCUAGGAGCAAUGUCUUAUGGAAGAAAAGAUUGGCUUAAGUGGGUUCUCGAGGAAGACGAAGCUCUCCCCCUCCUCGAACACGCCUUCAAAGCCGGCAUUAACACCUGGGAUACGGCUGACCUUUACUCAAAUGGCGCCUCCGAAGAAAUCAUCGCCAAAGCCCUAGCAGUGUACAACAUUCCUCGAGAGCGCGUCGUGAUCAUGACCAAAUGCCGGUUUGCAACCAGCGCCCCGGGCGAGCCUCAACUCUCUGUCUUCGCUGCAUCCAUCAACGAUGGAGAGAUGGUGAACAGAGCUGGACUGUCGCGCAAGCACAUCUUCGAUGCAGUGCAAGCUAGUGUCAAGAGGCUGGGCACAUAUAUCGACGUCCUGCAGAUCCAGCGUAUGGAUCCCGAUGUUCCACCGGAGGAGAUUAUGAAAGCACUCAAUGAUGUGGCGGAACUUGGAUUGGCACGGUAUAUCGGAGCAAGUUCUAUGCCUGCUUGGGAGUUCCAAGCCCUGCAAAAUGUGGCCGAGCGAAACGGUUGGCACAAGUUCAUUUCCAUGCAGAAUUACUAUAACCUUCUUUACCGAGAGGAGGAGCGAGAGAUGAUGCCAUACUGCAAAGACACAGGAGUUGGAUGCAUUCCUUGGUCUCCCAACGCACGCGGUGUCCUCGCUCGUCCCUGGAACGGCCUUGACGAAAGCACUUCUUUGCGAACACAGCAUGACCAAACACUAAGUCGACUCUACGAUCGAGAAAACGAAGCAGACAAGGCAACUGUUGACAUAGUUGAAGAGGUGGCUAAGGCGAGAGGGCUUCCCAUGGCGGUAAUUGCAAUAGCAUGGUGUCUACAUAAGGGAGUCAAUCCGAUUAUCGGCCUGAAUAGCAAGGAGCGUAUUGAUGAAGCGGUAUUGGCUGCUAACAUCACGUUGACGAAUGAUGAAGUCGCAAAGCUUGAGUCAGUUUAUCGGCCGAAGGCCAUUACUGGGUAUUAA